CAUACCCCCUCCUCCGCGAUUCGCGUCUCUGCCGCCAUGCCCGCUCUCCAUCGAAGGAAGGCGCCAUUCCAGGGAUUACCGCACCAUUCUCGCCCUCGUCCGCUCUCCGGCACCAUUCCAGCAUUCCAGGGAUUACCGCCUCCCCCUCGAUCCGCGGCACUCUCCCCCGUCCUUCUCGAGUAUGGCACCGCCAGUCCGCCUCGCGACCCCUGCCUCCUCCCCCCUCGCUCUCUUGUUCCCCCAGCCACCGCGAGGAACUCUGAACCCCAUUCCCCACCACCGUACCAAUCCCCGCAUCUACGCCGCUCCCCCCGCCCCCUGUCAACUACGCCAGGUCCUCGCCAUCGAUGUCGCCCAAGCGUGUCGUCCUCGCCCCCGACCUCGGCGUGCGGGAUUCGGUACCGAAAGAAGAGACAGGAGGAGAAUACAAGCCCUCAGCCUCGGUGUUCCCCAUUCACCACUCAGGCGCAGUCCAUCGCUCCUUCGACGAGGGCUCCAGCGACUACGGCUCCAUCGCUCCUCAUGGUGAUGCCGCCGAGGGUUGUCCUACGAAGCCGUCCGCGAUGCCGAGGGUUGUCCUACGAAGCAGACACGCCCUGCGGCUGCCCACACAAAGGGUUUGGUUCUUGUUCCUCCAAGCUACUGCGCGUGUGCUUCCACAUUCGGCACAGUGGGAGCCCUCAUGGCAGCAGACGACGUGUGACUCCAGACUCGGCGUAGACGACCCACAAGGAGCUGCUAAUGGCGGAGGCUGAGCGCCGCCAUGGAUCUGACACGGUGUGGAAUGGGAGGAGCCGAAGCGGAGAUUGGAUCAAAGUGCACUGGGCAGGAGCCAAGCAAAUCGUGAGUAUUUUUGUUUUGUGGCUUUGAGUAUUUGGAUCCCCGUAUUCCCUCCCUAUUGUGCAAAAUUAAGCACCUGAACCCUAAAUUGAGCUAUUUGUAUUCGAAUCAUUCUUAUUCCCUCCCUAUUGUGCAAAAUUGAGCUAUUUGUAUUCGAAUCAUACUUAGUGGUGGACGCCUAAGGAUCAGGGCGUGGUGCCUCCCGCACUGGUCCGCGGCUGCUGGAGCAGCUGCCACGGCUGGCAUCGCAGUGGUCUUGUUAACCUCAAGAGGUAAUCUGGUGGUCCGAUGCGCGGAAGUUUUGAUCUGCUGCUAUGGCCUAUAUGAGAAUGGGUUAACCGUUUUGUUAGUGUCACUGGAGUCGUAGUAGUAGUAUCUUUACUAUCAGCUGGAUAAUAGACUAGAUGAACAUGUAUGGCAAGUACCUUUACUUUCUGAAGUUUUCAAUGGUAAUAAGAGUUGUGAACACAAACAUGAGGUAUAAUUGAGUUCUUGUCUGAUCUUUUGAGUUGC